CCGGCAAUGUGCCUCUAUCCGCGACACUCCACUCCACUGCACUCCACUGCCCGGUGACCGACUCACCCGCUGACUCAGUGACCGGCCACCGGACGGGACGGGACGGGGCGAGAGGGGGAAUUGCUCGUCGCUGUGGUGCUCGUCUUGCGCAGGCAGCAAGGCAGGCAGGAGGCGGCGGCAGCAGCAGCAGCAGCAGGACCACAAUCCUGAUGGUGGUCGAGAUGAUGCACGGGCCUCUCUUCUAAAUUUAUCAGCUGCGCUCGCACGGACAAUUCUUUUGUCCUCGACCUCGGCUCUUUCAUUUUAGCGGCACCGAGUGGUCGUCGUCGUCGUCGAGGAUUCGACAUUCUAAAUGUUCUAGCUCACGAUGUGACAGCGGAGGAGCAUAGAGAGAGAGAGAAGUCAACAAGUACAGUGACAGUGUCGGACAGAGAGGAAGACCGAACCGAGACGCCAAAUCGAGAGUGGCCUUUGAUAGGCUCGUGCGCGGGAGCUCGAGAAUUCUGUUUCGCAGGAGGAGGAGGAGUAUAAAUAGGCAGAAGAUGGCCGAGCGAGGCCGAGUGAGUUCAAUCGCUGCUGCUGCUGCUGCUGCUGCUGACAGCUGAGGAGCCCACAUUGGCCCGGUCGGUCGCGAGCAUCGGACAAGCAGCUGGGAACUGUGCAGAGGCCAGGAGGCAGCUGCUCGUUGCAGAAUUGCAACAGUCGACGGUCCUGUGGAUGCGAUAUUUCCAUGGCGCAGUCUCUGUGCAUCGCGAGUGCUCCUGUGGCGACUCAGGCCAUUAGGAGCGUCAGAGGGGACACGCAAGCUUCGACCUCUGUUCUGCCGUCAGUAGUUCAGUGCAGUACGAGGUCACGCAAUUCUGCUCCGAGGUUAUGGAGGAAUCGAAUCGAGAAGCUGCCGAAGACGCUGUUCCUCGACGGAAACUCGGGUCUACCAGAGCUUCGGAAACUCACCACCGUCUCGUCACCCUUGAAGCAAGCUUCGAGAGGGCAGGUUUCCGCUUCAUUGCCAGUGCCAGGACCAGCGUCAGUGGAGCUAGCCGCCAACCUGUUCACACUAGCAACUGCGAUCGUCGUGCCGUUCUACACGGUCAUGAUUCUUGCUCCCAAGUGGGAAUGGACCGACAGGUUGAUGCGAAGUGAGAUACCGUAUUUGAUUCUCGGAGCUGGUUACAUUUACCUUCUGGCUUUAUCCUGGACCCCGGAAACUCUGGGACUAAUGUUCUCCAGCAAGUACUGGCUCCCUGAGCUUCCCGGCAUUACUCGGAUGUUCUCCAGCACCAUAACGGUGGCAUCUGCUUGGCUACACUUACUAGCAGCAGACCUUUUUGCUGGCAGACAAGUUUUCCUCGACGGAGCGAAACAUAACGUUGAGACGCGACAUUCUUUGGUUCUGUGUUUGAUGAUGUGCCCCAUUGGCAUUUUCUCUCAUCUAAUCACGAAGAACUUAACACUCUUCAUGCGAAGAAGGAACGAAGGUGAGAACGUGAAGAAAGUGAAGCAGAUUCCUCCAUACUAGGCUGACAUUUUUUCAUCAAUCUUUUCAACUCGCACAUCGUGUCACAACGAAAGCACGAGUUGUAUUUGUACACAAAGCAUGUAUUUUUAAUGACUCUACAGAGAAAGAGUACUUUAGCCAUUCAGCAUGGACUUGCGUCUUGUGGUGAGUACGAUUCUGGUGUCGCCUCCUUUCUGUAUCACAGUGUACUUCACAUGCUUCUGUCUCCUGAUCGAGACCGAUGCACUGAUAUCCAACAAUUGUCGAUCACGGUCUGCUCGGACAGAAGUAAGCAGCGAGAUUACAUAAUUGCAAUACUCUACAAACCAUCAAGUAUUCUAGUGUGAACUCGGUCUAGAAGCUCAAACUCGUGUUAGAACCAGACCAGACCAGAAGGUGUGCUUAUCAACAUUUCCAAAACCCCCGAGGGCUGUUUUUUCUAAAUCACACCUCACAGGUAAUUUACAUCAUCACCUAGGCAUACAUAUCACUCGAAGCCAUACAUCGAUUCCAGAGCUGGACUCAUGGUCACGAACCAAAGCAAAAUCAGGUUGUUGCUAUGUCACAGCAACCUGUAGAUGAAUUUUCGGCUUACUGUCUUGAGUGUGCUGAGAGGAGAGCUAGGUAGAAGAACCCACUCCACCAGGUCGCAAUGCAGACGGACAGCAUAACGAAAGGCUUGUUCUCAUCGUGGGACUUGCACUGUGUGCCACUGCACGGCACUUUCACAAACCUUUAAGCCAUCGUGUACCUUCACUGUACUGCAGUUGGAAACGUCGAACCCAAAUUUAUGACCUGAGUGCCUCAGUUUAGACCGUACAAGCCAGGAACAGAUUCAAGUGUUCGAAAAUCUGUGUUUAUUCAUCUGAUGUAAGUUUUGAUGAAUUUUCCGUUUU